GCCCCCCACUCCCCAGCGGUGGUAACGUGUGUAACGCGCGCAUUCGGCGCGCGUCACUUCCGCAAACAGAAUGUCGGCGGAGCCCUCUCGAAUUUUUGUAUGAAAAAAAACAACAUUGGUUGCUUUUAACUAAAGGGACAAGAAUAAAAUCUAACAAAGAUGGCUGAUUUAACCACGGUUGCAGAACAAGAUUUAAUGAAGAGCUCAGUUGAAGAAGCAGAUAGACCAGCUUUGGUGGCAGAGUCUUCUGCCAAUUUGGAUGAUAAUAGUUCAAGUUCAGGUAGAGGGUCUUUUGCUGAAAAAGAAAAGGAAGAUACUGGUGGUCAUCAGCACAAGGUUUCAAGAAAUAGAAAACAUGAAUUUGAAGAUGAUUCUAGAAAAGUACACAUGGGAGAAGGUCAUGGGCAAACUGUAGCUGCACAUUAUAAUGAACUUCAAGAAGUUGGAGUAGAAAAACGUAGUGAAAGUCGCAUUUUCUACCUGCGAAACUUUAAUAACUGGAUGAAGAGUGUCCUCAUUGGAGAAUUUAUAGACAAGGUACGACAGAAGAAGAACAGUAUCACUGUGUUAGACCUGGGAUGUGGCAAAGGUGGAGACUUGCUUAAAUGGAGGAAAGGCAGAAUCCAUAAACUAGUCUGUACAGAUAUUGCUGAAGUUUCUGUGCAGCAGUGCCAGCAGAGGUAUUCUGAUAUGAAAGUCCGGUCUCGACCUAACGAACAUAUUUUCAAUGCAGAAUUUAUACAGGCUGACAGCUCCAAGGAACUUCUGUCCAGCAAGUAUGAUGAUCCAGCGAUGUACUUUGACAUCUGCAGCUGUCAGUUUGUUUACCAUUAUUCAUUUGAGACACAUGAGCAGGCUGACAUGAUGCUUAAAAAUGCUUGUGGGAAUCUCUGCCGUGGAGGAUAUUUUAUUGGCACAACCCCAAAUAGCUUUGAGCUUGUGAAGCGACUUGAAGCUUCACCCACCAAUUCAUUUGGGAAUGACAUCUACACAGUGAAGUUUGAGAAGAAGGGGGAGUAUCCCUUGUUUGGCUGCAAGUAUGACUUCCACUUGGAAGGCGUUGUUGAUGUCCCUGAGUUUUUGGUUUAUUUUCCAUUACUAGAAGAAAUGGCAAAGAAAUAUAGCAUGAAGCUAGUCUAUAAAAAGACAUUUCGAGAAUUCUACGAAGAAAAUAUGAAGAACGAGGAGCAUAAAAUGCUGUUGAAGCGAAUGAAGGCUUUGGAGCAAUAUCCUGCAAACGAUCAUUCCAGCCUUGUGUCGGAUAAGCCUGAUGACUACGAGCACGUAGAAGAGCUUAUGAAAAAUGGCAAAGCAGAGUUGCCUAUGGGAACUUUGAGUAAAUCUGAAUGGGAAGCAACAAGUAUAUACUUGGUUUUUGCAUUUGAAAAGCAACUGUGAAAAAAUCACGUACUGGAAGUAGCACGAAGAGAUCACACCCCUGUACUAGUUGGAGUGAUCCAAAAAUCCAUUGUGGCAACUAUUUUUUUAUGUUUAUUUUUUAAUUAUUGGAAGUGUGCGGGACACUACCAAAAAACUAGAGCAAGCUCGUGAAUCGGAGUUACAGUUGCCUGUCUGUGACAGAUGGACUAGUGUGUAUAUGUAAAAAUGAUUCUGAACCUGUGUCUUUUAAAACAUAUUUUUAAGUAACCUGCAUACUCCCAGAAACAAAACCCUUUGAACUUUACACAUAUUUUGUUCCAAGCAAAGGUUUCGUUAGUAGAAAUUUGUUCAUGAGUCUUAAGGGCCUGAUCCUAUGUCCUAUGAAAUAAAAAAAAAAAAAAGAGAGAGAGACAGCCGCCGCCCCCCCCCCCCCCCCCCCUUACUUCAGCGAUAUAGAAUUCAGGCUUAGAUAUUGACAGCACAGUUUAAAUACAUUCAUAAUGCAGUACUCUUAUACUUAGAGAGAUGUCUGUACUGAAGUACAGAGAUGCCCAAGCUAGCUUCAGGUACUGAAAAAAAUUCAAGGUCAUGGCACCAUGGAGUACUAUAGCCUAAUUUUACUCUGCUGUGGCUAGACUUGUCCCCAUAGUUACACUAGCUCAGGUGUCUCUAUACUGAAAUGUGUAGUGUAGACAUAACUUCAGUAGUAUUAUAUUGAAGUUGUAGUUUAUGCAUAAAGGUUCCAAGCUGUUCUUGUUUUUUGUGCUUGCUGAUAUGUAGUGUCACCUCACAGUGUUUUCAAGAUUAAAUUGGCUUGCUCUGUACCACUUAA